GAAGUUUGUUUACUACUACCUCCGUCCCGCUAGAAGAUUCUCAUAGCAAAACGACACGGUUAUUUAGGUGAUAAUUAAAUAAAGUACUUCGAGUUUAUUUUGAGAAAUAAUUUUAAUAGGUAUAUAUUAUAAUGUGUUAGCAUUGAUAACUGUGAUGUUAUAAAUGUAUUAUUUGUAAUAUUUAAUGACUAAUUUGUCACUUAAGAUUGUUAAUUGUUUCCUAAAAUGGAAAUGAGAACCUUAUAACGGGACGUCCAAAAAAGGAAAGUGGAAACCUUCUAACGGGACGGAGGGAGUAAUCUUUUUGAGAAAAAAACAUGUUCAAGUCAAUUAAAAUAAAAGCGCAGUAGUGCACGCUGAACCAGAGUCAUGACGAUUGGUGCAGCGCCGUUGAUCAUCUACCGCUUACGGUGAAGGAUUUUGAACACAGCUAGCUCUCAACCGCUUACAACGAGGAUUCGGCUAAGAACAGUCCGUCUAAGAACCAAAUUCAGAAGAUCGCGAACCCUAAUCGCCGGCAUGGGGCGGAGCAGUCGCCGUCGAUAUGUGCACACAUAUGACUCUCGACUAAUCUAGGGUGUAAGUUUGCGGUUUACAUCUCUGGGUUCAAUUUUCCUUUCUAUGUGUCGUCUCGAGUCUUUUUCUCGGUGGUUUUGUCUCCCUCGUUUCGUGGAGAAGUAUUUUGUCCUCGCCGGUUGUUAAGCAGCCUGGUCGAGUGUUGUUUGGUUAUUGUGUAAACUAUGGGGUGUGUAAGUUGUAAUUGCAGGGGUCUGAGGAACCCGCCCACUGUCCAAGUUUUAGCGGAUAUUGUUUCGACUUAUCGCCCAUCCAUUGUCUUCCUCAUGGAGACGCUCACUAGGUUGCCGAAGAUGAAAAGCAUUAGAAGAACAUUGGGUUUUCAGCAUGUGUUUUCGGUGGAUUGUGUGGGCCGAAGUGGUGGAUUGGCGCUGCUAUGGAAAGAUGAUUAUGAUAUAACUGUUGAAAGCUCGUCUUGGAACCAUAUUGAUGUACAGGUCACAGGCGGUUUGUCUCAAUUAACAUGGCGGCUCAUUGGGUUCUAUGGCUGCCCGGAGAGUGACAGACGCAGGGCCUCGUGGGAACUUGUUAAAGAGCUGGCAGAUUGUAGUGAUCUCUCGUGGUUGGUUGUGGGCGAUUUUAAUGACAUUAUGCAGGAACAUGAAAAAAGAGGGUGAUGCCCUAGACCUUUGGAUGAUGGCGGGAUUUCGUGAUGCGGUGUGGGGCAGUGGAUUGAUAAAUGUUCCUUUUGAUGGCUACCAGUUCCUUUUCAUUUUCCUUUGGAUUCAUUUCCUUUCUCAUUCUUCACUCCCGCUCCCUUCUUCUUCCCUGCGCACGCCUGCACAUUUUUUCUUUCUUUCCCAUUCUCUUCUUUCUCUACUUCUCUGGCCUCACUUCACCCUUCUCACCUCCCUCCGACUUCACUCCCGCUCCCCACUUCUCCUCCGUCGACUAGGGCGGCGUCCGAAUUGAAGCUACAGCGGAUCUGGAAAUGGCCGGCCUAGAGGUCUCACGGAGCACCGUCGCCGACCUGGAAGUUUAACAGAAGCCAUCGACUCGUGGGCAGUAGAUGAGCGAUUUGUGAGAAGGAGGCGUCCGCCACUCCGGCAUGUAGUUGGUACCCGAGAAUCUCCGGCGACGUGGGUCUCUCUCAAGCUGCGGAGUGAAGGACUGGCCGACGACUGGUGGGUGGGAAUUGGGAGAAGAAAGGGUUGACGUUGAUGGAAGAAAUGGAAGAAGUGGUGAAUACGAAAGGAGCAGGAGAAGGAAAAAAGGAAAAGAAAAAAACGAAAAAAAAAACGAAAAAAAAAAAACUGUCAUGUGGGUCUCCAUGUGUGUGCAGUAACCGAUCAAAAAAUUCAUUACCGGUUAAAAGGGAAGGUUUGCCACUUAAAAAUGAGUUCCAGGGUUUGAUUGAGCGGAAUUUUAAUCGAGGGUCUAAUUGAUUUUGUAAAGAAAAAAUUGACAAGAAUAAUCACACCUUUCACUGUUAUCAUAAUAACCCCACCUUUACAUAAUCCCAGAAUAAUCCCACCUUUGCACCCAUCUUCUUUCAUUGGACGGUUUUUUUAAAUCUUUUAUAAAUAAUCCCACCUUUGUAGGUCAUCAAUAGGUCAGGGUCCAAUGAAAGAAGAUGAGGUGCAAAUGUGGGAUUAUUCUUGGAUUACAUAAAUGUGGGAUUAUUAUGAGAAGAUCAAUAAAAGGUGGGAUUGUUCUUGUCAAUUUUUCCUUUUUUUUUUAAAAAAGUAGAGGUGCUUAUUUGAUAGUGUUCCCUAAUAUACUACGUACAUGCUUUGGUAGUCUCGUAUUUACUCGUAUUACUCAUUUCUUUGAUUACAAACUAAUACGAGUACUACCUUCGUCCCACUAUGUUUGGGACAAGAGAGUGUGACACAACAUUUUUAAAAAAGUGGAAUUGAG